AUGCAACAUGUGACUGUCAGGUUUCUCCUCUUCUUCCUCCUCCUCCAUCCUGUGACCUCGGUUGACCUGGAGGAGGUGGAUAAGGUGUCGGUGGAGGUUGUUGUUGACAGCUCCCCCUGCAGCGCCACCUGUGGUCUGGGUGUUAAAACUCAAACCCUCUGUUUGUUAAAGGAUGGCAAGAAAGCCAUGGAAGAAGAUGUGAGAAGUAAAGAUGGAACAGAGGUGUCGGAGGAGUGUCGUGUGCGUAAGCUGAGCUGUCUGGAGUCGUGGCAGUGUGGACUCAGGACCAUGACUGUGACUCUAGGAGAGAGAGUGGAGAUCGACUGUCUGGGAGAAGUGAUGCAGGCGAUGGGGAGGUUCUCCUGGAGGGUGUCAUGGCGUUAUGCCCGAGGAAUAAUCAGCUCUGACGACACUCUGUUUGCUCGCUGGAACGCCCCUCUGCUGGAGCGUGUGAUUCUGGACCCUGUGAUGGAGGAGGACGCAGGUACUUAUCGCUGUGUCGUGCAGGAUGCCAGCUUCCACAGGGUGAAGAGGGUUUACUGGGGGAUCCGGGUUUUGCCAUCCUCUGUACUCAAUCUGGACUACGAGAGCUCUCUGGCCCAGUGGGACUCUGGAAACCAGAAGCAGAACCAGACCGAGUCAGACCAGAGAACGCCUCUGAUUUACACUGUACGGUUUGUUCAGGAAGGGAUGGAUUUGCCGAAGCAGUCAUACACUAAAGAUAAUUGGAGGGGAUUUGUUUCAAGUACUAUUAUGUACGAAUGGAAGACUUUGUGAAUCCUCCUUUAAUCGUCAAGAAAGUAGCCCACACACAUAAGACACUGCCUUUAUCCCAUCUUAUUAGGAGCAGUGGCCAGCUAUUAUACUGUAUAUACAGUGCCUGGGGAGCAGUGUGUAGGUCUGGUGCCGAGGGCAUUUUGGCAUCCCAAAGAGGCAAAUUAACACCUCUCCAAGCACCAGUCUGCACUUGAACUGUCAACCCUCCAUUUCCCAAGCCAAGUCCCUCAGAUUGCGCUACUGCUGCCCAAGAUU